UUUUCCAUGCUUUCAUUAUCGAUUGAAUCCUCCAACCUGGGUAUUUAAGGUGAGAUAAUUGAGGUUUUAAACAGGCAUGAACACAAGAUUGUUAAGGUUUAUAAGAAACCAGAUUCUAAAUCCAUGGACAAGUAAGAGCACAUAUAAAUCAUGAAUGGGCAAAGACUCGUUAUAAGGUGUCUACCUUGUUUGAUAAGCACGGCAUUGUAUCCCCAGAGUGUGCUCUCUUUUGGCUAUUUCUCUGGAGAAACCAUCACUGGGUUAUAAAUUCUAUGAGAGAUAUUUUAGUAAGUUCUCUCAAACCCUAGUCCUUGUUGAGUGAUAUAAUACUGUAAGAACACUCAGAUGUGGUGUUUAAGAUGCAAUGUAAUGAUUUUCAAAGUAAAAUACUAGGUCUUUUCGGUGGUUUUAGACCUUAAAGUCUCCAGCAUUCUUUCGAAUCUUAAAGGAACAAGCAGUGGCUAUCUCAAAAUCUGUAGUUACAAUGUCUGAGCUGAUUAACUAUGCUUUAAAUUCUCAGAGUAAAGCCAUGAAUGAGCUUAAACAAAAUAGAUGUAUUCGUUUCAAUCUGCAAAACCCAGCUUUAAACUAUAAGGGUGCUCACCAAGAUUGGGUAUCUGAACUAAAGUCUUUUUGGCUUAAUCUGUGAGGCUUAGUUGAGGCCAAGGAAUUUGAAAAUAACUGAAAAUAUGUCUAG